CUUCCUGGCUGUGGCCAUUGGAGCGCUCCAAGUUCGGGUCUUUCCGGAUCUCUUCGGCUCUUUCCGCCUCUCCUUAUAUAAACUCCCCUCCCAGCCAGCUUCCAGCAAUUCUGUGUCUGGAAAUGGAGGCAGCGCCCACUGAGCGGACCCAGGAUGUCUGAGCCACUACCCCUGUCUUAUGUGACUUCACAGGAAAUGCGCUGCCUCCUCCACUGGCUCUCAGGCUGGUCCCCAGCGCAACGCGAGUGUUUCGUUCAUGACCUUGCGGACAAAGCUGUGCCCUGGAAGGUGCUUCCCCUCUUGGAAGGGCUGGCAGGACUCAGCAUGGAACCUGGGAAGCCCCCAUCCAUCUUUGAGUGCCAGAUGCGCCUCUGGGACCAGUGGUUCCGCGGAUGGUCGCAGGAGGAGCGCAACGAGUUUGUGAGGCAGCUGGAGGAGGCGCAGCCAGAUGUGGCUUCUCGCUUGUUCCAACAGAUUGCUGCGACAGUAGGGCAGGAUUAACAGGAGAUGCAGCUCUCCCCAUUCUGCCAAUAUUUUACAGUGACUGCUCUUUCAUGUCUGCAGGGUUGUCAUAAACCUACCCCCAUUUCAUGCAUGACUUCAAGUCAUAACACAAUAGAAUAAAGAUUAAACAAUAAAAAUGCAAAGGAUUAGCAUGCUCCCUUGUCUUGCAAAGGGUUGACUCAGAGAUUUCUCUAACUGUGGCUUCUGACUUUGAAACAGAUUUCCAAAACAUAAAAAGCAUAGACUCAUAGAAACAGAGUUGGAAGGGGCCUCAUGGACCAUCAAAUCGAACUUACUGCUCAAUGCAGGAUCUCCAGCUAAAGCUUCCUAAGCAGGGACUGUCCAGCCUCUUUUUGAAGAUGUCCAAAGAAAGAACCCUCCGCACCUCCAUUGCUGAAUCACUCUUAAGCAGUUCCUUCUAAGGUUCUAAUUUGUUUGUUUUUUUCUCUUACGGAACUAGAUGAGAGCUUUUCAGUGUUUGCCUCUUUAGUGGUAGGGCCACUGAAACAAAGUAAUGAGGAACAUAUUCUAUUGCAAAUGUAAUGUCACUUAAAUCAAAACAAUAGAGUAGUGACACUUUAAAGAUUAACAAAGUUUAGUUAGUGGAAAUAUGACUGCAGUAUAUGUCAGGCAGAGUGUUGCAUUCUGCAAAAAAUUAUGCCAAGUAAUAUCUGUGUCUCUAUAGUGCCAUUGUUCUCCAUUGUUUUUGCUGCAACAGACUAACAAUCUACUGUCCCCUGAAAUUUAAUGAAGUUAAUUUAUAAAGGAUCUAAUGUCCAUCCAAGCUGGGAAAGGGCAUUUGCUGAAACAGUAAUUGUGUAAAAUCUGUUCUGUUUGCUAACUAUCUAAAAUAUGGUAAUGAACUGCAAUUUGUCAUAGUUUAUUUAGCAUGGUAGUGGAAUGUGUAAAAAGAAACCAAGCUACAUCUUUAUUUCUGGCUAGAGGUAUUAUUCUGACAACUUGCCGUAGAUCAGGGCCCUUGAAGUAUCCUAUCCUGCCAUGCAUUUACAACAUUAUAUUGCCAUUGCAAUGUUUCAGCAAUAAAAUCAGCCAAGAAACAGUGUGACUUACCCCAGCCUUUGAAAAACUCAAAAGAGCAGGGAUGCACAACAUGUAUAUCUGUAGCUUCGGCCAAGGGCCACCAAAAAUGUCAAUCCAUUUCCAAAUGAAACUGAUGGAACUA